AUGGGCAAUUAUCCAUCUACAGCGAACUUGCAGAACCGGAAAGUGACGCAGCUCCAAGAUGCGUCCCGAGAUCGCCAGGACUCGAUCACGUCGCAGCUGUUCCCCAGUCGAAACUCACGCCAGCAUAUGAGCUCCAAGUCUGGAUGGAGAGGUAAAAUGCAGUCAUCUAAAAAGCACGCUGGGUCGCUUUUCCGCAAAGACUUCACGUUAGAGCAAUCGGUGGAGCCCACGUACCAAUUGCACCGUACUUCAUCGAGCCAGCCGGCGCCUCCGAUGUGUAACACAACCAACGCAAAUGCGGACGAUUCGUCGUCAUCGUCACUCAGAGAUCAUCUCGCUGGGCUCUCAUUGCAAUCUUCUGCGGAAAACGCGAUAGGACGUACAUCGAUCGAACGCACAACGUCUGCACUGCGAAGUCCAGGUCCCUCGUCGCCCGUCGUGCGGCCUUCCAAGCACGACGCACUUCCAGAGCCCUCUAGUAUCACUUCUUUGAAGAAGAUGCUUGUAGAAGGCCGAAUUGGCGAGCAUAUGCAUCCACCCCCCACGUCAUCCAUUGACAUCCCACAACGGGUCGGCAGUGUGGCCUCGUCAGAUCGUUAUGUGUCUGAAGAGGAAAGCGAAGAAGAAGACCUGUUACAUGGUCGCGGAGACGUGGUGCUCAACAAUUCGGUUUUAGAGAAUGCCAUGAAGCGCAAAAGAUCCGCUCGCAAGAAGGAGAACGUUUCGUCCUCUUGGAACUCUUCUGACACUAUCCAACCUCCAGGCAUGAAGAAACUCAAACCUUUGGUGCCAGACGAGAAGGCUCAACUGCCCACUUUCCAUGCUAUGAACCAACGAAACCGAGGAACAGAUUUGUCACUUUCGGCUGUUCCACACUUGGUGGGUAAUAACAUAGACCGUAUUGACUCGUUUGAACGUGGUACGGUGGAACACUACGAAGGUGAAAAUGAAAGUGUAGCUUCAUCCAGCUCUGACGGUAGAACGGAUUCUAACAGUGUUGGAGCAAACAAAACUGUGCACGUUAUCAUCAAAUGGAGAGACAUGAUUGUGGAUCCGAAAACAUGCAAAAUGUCCAUUGUCAGUAAAGAUAUAUCCUCUGUGAUCAAUUCAGAAGUCAAACCUCGUAAAAUUCCGAUGGAGUAUGACCCGACAUCGAAAUGCUGGACAGCUCCGAAUUUGUAUCUUCCACCUGGCGUGUAUAAAUUUCAAUUUCUCAUUAACGGCGAAUUGAGACAUUCAAACUUUCUUCCCACUGCAACAGACUCGUUUGGUAAUUUUGUGAAUUGGUUCGAAGUUGUGCCCGGUUAUGAUAGUAUCGAACCUACUAGAGAGGUCAUCAUGUCGGAAGGCGGCAGCUCCAACAUGACGUCUGACGAUAUGAUACAAGAGGGUUUGUCACGGCCGAAAUUGGAGCCUGGAAGAUCUUCCUCUUCUAACUGGAAAAACUCCGCCAAGCAUAUCGAAAGAACUGGGACACCUUUCUCGGACUAUACUGGGGUCCUUAGUAGAUCGGGGUCUUUUAGGCCAUCUAUGCUUCAAAAUACAUCUAGCAGCUAUGAUUUGCUAGCCCCACCAAAGCAAAAACAAAUCGAGUACUCCAAUGAGAUUCCAGAGCUAUUUAAAGUAAAUUUCGACUCUGAUACUCAAGUAUCUCCUCCACCUCCACCUCCAUAUAAUAAAACUCAACCUGGCUCUGAAAUAAAUGGCGAGCCGCCAAGCUUCCUUCAUCGUGUUCAAGAUUGUAAUCAGGAUAAACUGUUCGCGGAUCUACAACAGAAUGGUAAAGUCACUCCACAAGCUGCAGAGGACCUAUUUCUACAACAGUAUUCCAUACCGGAUUUACCGGUUUACCUCGAUUCAUCUUUUCUCAAUGCAGCCUUCAGUCGAUUCCAAAAUAACAACGAAUCUCGCAGUGCAGUUAACCAUAUAGUUCCGCAUGUGAACCUAAAUCACUUACUUACAAGCAGCAUAAGAGACGAGAUUAUAAGCGUAGGUUGUACCACGAGAUAUGAAGGUAAAUUCAUUACUCAAAUUAUCUACACACCGUGUUAUUACGGUAGUAGUCAAGAAUCAAAUGGUAACGAGGAAGACUAG